UUUCCCACGUAUUACAGUGUAAAAGGCUUUUACCCGCUGACACUCAUCACUGGAAAUGAUUUAAACGGCGAUAACAAGAAGACUCGGUGGAAAAUUAUUGAGUUGACUGUUGACCCUGUUUCAAUUUUAUCUUUGAUAUCAUCCCUUUUUUUUUUUUUUUGCAAAUGCAGAUCAUUUCGUGCAUCUCAUUUAUGACUGCAGACAUUUUUUAUUUUAUUUUCUGUCCUUCAAUUGACACGUUAUGGUAUUCGUCACGGAAACUUGGUCUCGAUGACUCCAUCAUCGUUACGAUCUCGAUGUUGGGAAUAGUUCAGAUGGUGGCAUCGGUGAUAACUGAACAGUUGUCUCCGUUGAUGUGCCAGGUGGAAGGCAAUUAAUAGUCUUCAUGAUAUAUCAACUAGUUUUGAUCAUGGCAGUUGUGGUGUCAUGUGUGAGGACAAUUGUCAUACCAGAAGACGAGAAUCUACGAAUAGAGGAUCCCCGUAAUCGAGAACUAAUAAAUCCUGACACAGACAUUGCGAAAAACGAAUUGAACGAACUAUCGAAGACAGUAGUUUGUCUGAUGAAAUUCGUUGAAUUGUACAUGAAUCAACUGCCAUCAAGAAUCUCCGUACUUUUAAUGGAAACAGACGAUCCUGACUUCUCUGGUGUUUACCUAUCGAAACUCCAACAAGUUCGUACGACAUAUAUCUUGAACGGUUACUUGGACUCUGAGUCUCAUCAGAAUACCUCACUGGAUGCUCUCCUGAUACUGAAGAGUUACGAGAACUUGGAAAAUUCGACGUCUAGGCUGAUUGAUCUCUGUGGUAGAGAUUGUAGAUAUGCUAUUAUCGUAACAAACUUAUUUCCUGAUGAGACAAAUUUUAUGGAGGAAGCUGUGAAUUAUGUGGAACUACUGUGGAAAAAAAGAGUUGCUAAUGUUGUGAUAUUGGGAGCUGUUGGAAAUACACUUUUGGCUGCACAAAGUCAGGGAUUUCAGGCGAAUAAACUCACUCAGCCAUCGGAUCCAAUUUUAAUUGGAAAGUGUCGUCAGGAUGAGUGGAUUACCACAACGGAAGUGUUUCCCAUUUUGAAGAUGAACAAUAGCCGAAUUCAUUUUGCUAUAAUUGAUCAUGAACCUUACAUGAGCUUUCAACGAGACGGCGAUAGAAUGCAAGCAAAAGGUAUAGAGUUGGAGAUAAUCCAUAUUUUGAGGGAUACCCUACAUUUUCAACCUACGGGAAGUAUUUUGGAGUGGGAUGAGGGUACGACUGUGGAGGAUGAAAUAAUUGAGGAAUUUCAGAGUGAUCGGGGAAUUGAUUUUGUUGUUGGGGGUGUGCUCCGAUCAAUGGUCAAGGAUGUUGAUUUUGCUCUACCUUACGAUGUUACUCAAGUUGUCUGGUUAGUUCCCUCUCAUUCAAAUCUUUCUCUUCUUGGUCUCGUAUCGCCGUUAAGCUUGGAAAUAUGGAUUCUAACUAUUGCAUCAAUUAUGUUCGGCGGAAUGAUUAAAUUUCUACUGUUUGAUAAGAUGUCGUUCUUGGAGAUCAUGGCAUUGGUGAUAGGGAUUGCUUGGUACAAACAACCAACGAGACUCUCCUAUAGAAUUAAAUUCAUGUCUUGGGUUCUUUUUGGAUAUGUUUUGACUCAGGUAUAUUUGGCUUCACUCGCUGGACAAUUGUUGGCUCAUGGUGAUCUUCAUAUUAAUACCAUGCAGGAGCUCGUUGACUCCGGCUUCAGUUUUGGUGGAACAGCCAAUCACAAACAAUUUUUCACACAAAGAAAUGAUGAUGAUAGCGAUGAAAUAUCUGCAGUCGAUCGAAUUUAUGAACAAUUUAUUGUGUUCAGUCAUGAAGAUUAUAUGAAAAAAUUAUCACAACUAAUGCAGGGGGAGAAUACGUCUUUAGCACUCGUUGCAGUUCUCAAUAUAUCAUCAGCAAGUACGGGUGUACAUCAUGGUAUGUAUCACAUUGUGAAGGAGACACUGGCUACCACACCCUUGGCCUUUCCCGCAUGGAGAGGAUUACCUUAUCUGACGCAAAUUGAUUUGAAACUGGCGGCUCUCAUCCAGGGUGGGAUAAUCUCUUAUAUCGCUAAAAAUGAAACAAAUGUUCAACAUAUUCAUGAUGCGAUUGAGGAGGAAAGUGACAGUAAUUUGGAGCUCGUUGACAUUGCUCCAAGUUUUUUGUUGUUGGUGAUGGGUCAUGUGGCUGGUAUGCUUUGCCUAGUUGGUGAGUGCACGGUUUUCUGGUGGCAGAAACGGAAAUCGAGGGAAGAUCCGAAGAAGGUGACGAAGGGGCGAAAGCUGAAGGGGAGGACGAAGAAAACUGUUAGUUUCGAUGAAAAGAAUCUUCGGGUAAAUAAAUCUAAUAAUCGCGUUAGGUUAAUUUUGCGACCUAAUGUUACUAUUGGAUAUUAUGAUGGGAGAAUUCCAGAAAAAAAAUCCACAGAGUAUUCCAUAAAUAUUCAAUAAUAAAUAGAGAAACAGAACUUAUGAAAUUCUAGUAUGGGAGGAACCUGGUGAGAGAAAUAGAGAUUUUACAGAGAUAUUUAACAUCUCGAGAAGCAUCAGCAGGUGUUGUUUGUUUCCGUGAAGGAUUUGCUGCAUCCUAGGGAGGGAAAUAAAAACAGUAAAAAGUUGGGUAGACGAGACCAAAGGUGUGAAAAGCUCGAGGGAAUUACGAAGACCGUUCGAUUUGCUGUGAAGGGCCUCAGGUGUUCUAAAUCUAAUACAAACGUUUGGAUACUUUGGUGUUGUCACGUUAACGAUAUAAUAAGUGGAUAAUUUCAUGGUGAAUAGGGAGAAGUACUCAACAUCACCUUGAAAAUAUUUAUUCACAAAAUGGUCGCAACACACCAAUAAAUUAGAGAAUUUCUCGUCGCCAAUAAAAUGAAGAAAUGUGUUUUACCAGAUGGAAAUACAACGAGCAACGAGAAUCUGACGGUGGAUGAAAACUCGGGGUAGCCAACUGAAAUGCUCAGUGUCUCGGGAGCUGCACGAGACAGGGAUUAGCUUGGUGGGCUUUACCCUUGGAUAUUGAGGGCUUCUACAAUGGUUAAUAUCGAUACGAGUGUUAGAGUUUGAGACAUAAAGCCAGGAAGAAUAGAAACCACAAAUUAUUCGACACAUCCGGUUGGGUUACUAGGAUUCACCAUGUACCGAGUAUUAUCCCUAGGAUUUGUUGGGGCUUUUGUAUGACACUUAUGUUCCUGAAAGUGGACACGAUAAGAAUCUGAUGCUCGUGUCAGCAAUUUUUAGUCUCUAUCUCGAUAUGCUCCCCUUUCCCCUUCCUCAAAAUUAAAGCUCUUUAUACUUUUGACUUUUCAAGACAUUUUUUUUUAUUUUAAUGCCUCGGUGAUCUGGGUCAGGUACACACAAGCGUUUAUUCUUUCGACAUACUGGAGCGUGAAAACAGUGUCAAGACCUUUACACGGAUAUUGAAAUGGGUACAAAUAUCAAAUGGUAUGUGGAUAACUUGAAACAUUAUUACUUCACUUCCCCUAAAAAUGUUUAUGCGAUGAGUUUCAUAAUUAUUAAUUCAGUGUUCAAUGGCUGUAUCGUUGACAUUCAGGGGUGAUUGCUUGAGUUUGAUCAAGGGCAUCAGUGGCCGUUAUGUUGCUCAGUGACCAACGAAAAAAAAAAAAGGCAACAACAGAAUGAAGGAUGCCGCAGAAUAGGUUGGAGGUCACU